UAAUAAUAAUAAUAAUAAAAUCCGCCAUGGAUGAGUUGAUAAAGCAACUGCUACAAGGUGAAAUCUUCUGGUACGAAACUAAACCGACCCGAACUGCCUUCGUUCCGUAUUUUAACACGCCCAGGCAAGUCGAACCGGGUCGUAACGAUGGAGGAAACUCAGAAAACAUGAAUAAGAAGAUGAUUGGGUUCUUGAAGAAGAGUUGGCCGGCGACGGUGGAAACUAAAGACGGCGAGAAAGAGAGGUGUUUCCGUCAUAUGAUGAAUGAGAGAAUAAGAAGAGAGAAGCAGAAAAGAAGCUACUCCGCUUUGCAUUCCAUGCUUCCUCUUGGCACUAAGAAUGAUAAGAAUUCGAUAGUUCAAACGGCAACGAGAAGAGUUCGAGAACUGGAAUGGCUGAGGAAAGAUUUAGAGAGAAGAAAUUACGAAUUGAAAUCAAAUCAUAAUAAUAAGAUAGGAUUGAAAGUAGAGAAUCCAACAUCUGGGAUUGAUUCAAUGUUGGAGACUUUGAAAUGCUUGAAGGAAUUGGAUUCCAAUCCCACAAUCAUUCAAUCCAACUUCACUCCUCAACAAUUCCUGGCUGUCUUGGUUUUUCCAACUCAGGGCGAAGCUGCCAAAGUAGAAAAUGCCUUAGAUAGAACCUUACAAGAAACUGGGAGGAAACUUCAGGGACCUCGGAAUGGACCCACACCUUUCUUAAUUCACAAAUAACUCAUAUUUUCUAACCUUACUCCCAUCGCAAUAUCACACGUCCUCCAAUUCGUGCAUGGAAAAUUGCGCAAUUUUGAAUGUUAAGAUUGGAUUAAUGGGAAAAUAUGGGUCACUUUGACUCAAUAACUU